AUAUAUAUCUUCAUCCACAUUUACACUAUCAUAUAUCAAGCAUGGAAACAAGCUGGAUAUACAUCAUCUUGCUUCUUAUCAUUGCUAUCAAAUAUUUCACCAAACAAAAAGGAAAAAUCCCACCUAGCCCUAACCUCACACUCCCUCUUGUAGGGCACCUCCACCUCCUCAAGUUCCCUCUCCACCGCACCUAUCACAACCUCUCUUUAAAGCUCGGCCCCAUCUUCUCCCUCCGCUUCGGCAACCGGCUCAUGGUGGUGGUCUCCUCCCCGGCCACUGUUGAGGAGUGUUUCACGAAAAAUGACAUCGUUCUCGCCAACCGGCCCCAGUUCAUCUCGGGCAAGUACAUUGGCUACAACUUCAGCUCCGUCGUCCUCGCCCCCUACGGCGACUAUUGGCGCAACCUCCGCCGCCUCACCACGGUCGAGAUCUUCUCCACCGCCCGCCUCAACGUGUUCCAGUCCAUCCGAGCCGAUGAGGUCCGCCUCAUGCUCCAGAGCCUUGCGCGCCGAGGCUCCUGCGUCGUUGAGAUCAGACAGCUGCUGUCGGUGCUGACGUUCAACAACAUCAUGAGGAUGGUGGCGGGGAAGCGGUAUUUCGGGGUGGAGGGGGCGGAGGAUGACGAGGAGGCGAGGGAGUUCCGGGAGCUUCUGAAGGAGGUUUUCAAGUACGGAGGGGUUGCGAACCCGGGGGAUUUCUUGCCGCUGUUGAGAUGGAUUGAUUACAUGGAUUUUGAGAAGAAUUUGAGUAGGAUUAUGACAAAGCUGGAUGCAUUUCUGCAGAGAUUGAUUGAGGAGCAUAGAAGCAAGAAUGGCGGAAACACCAUGAUUGACCACAUGCUUUCUUUGCAGGAGUCGGAGCCUCAAAACUAUACUCAUGGAGUCAUCAAGUCAAUCAUACUGGUGAUGCUUCUUGCUGGGACGGACACAUCAUCAGUAACGAUAGAGUGGGCAAUGUCUGCUCUCCUAAACAACCCCGACAAAACAGAGAAGGCGAGAGAAGAGAUCGAUAGAGUAAUCGGAAGCGACCGUCUCCUCACCGAGUCAGACUUGCCGAAGCUCCCGUACCUCCAAAACAUCAUCAAUGAGACGUUCCGUUUGUACCCAGCCGCGCCGCUGCUAGUGCCACACGAGGCCGCAGCUGACUGCAAGAUCGCCGGCUACGACAUCCCGCGUGGCACGAUCCUGCAGGUGAACGCAUGGGCUAUUCACAGGGACCCGCGCGUCUGGGACGACCCCAAGAGCUUCAAACCCGAGCGGUUUGAGGCUGCGGAUCCGAGGGCCCCGCAGCUGCUCCCGUUCGGGAUGGGGCGGCGGUCGUGCCCCGGGAAUGUGUUGGCCCAGCGGAUCGUGGGGCUGACGCUGGGAUGCCUUGUGCAGUGCUUUUAUUGGGAGAGAGUUGAUGAGGGAUUGGUUGAUAUGAGGGAAGGGAAAGUAGGGGUGUCGAUAUCAAAACAAGUGCCUUUGGAAGCUAAGUGUAGAGCACGCCCAUUGCUUGGACGCGUUCUUGCGCUAUAGGAGUGAUCAUUUUGUCCCUUUGUCUAUGUGCUCUUUGGUGGUUAACAAAUAAAUGGAUGACAGAGUUGAAUAUUUGUUGCUA